AUGGCUGUCGAGCCCAGCGAGAACCGGUCGGCCGCCGGGACGUCGGCAAGCACGUCGACUGGAACAACACCCUUCGGACAGGCCAUUGACCUGCCUCAACUGUCUGGACCGACGUACUUGACGGCGCAGACGCUGGUACAGCAGGUCGCCUAUUCGCUGUCCGACAAGCUCUUCACCUACUCCCCCGAAUCGUUCGACCUCGACGUCGCCGCACGUACGUGGCAGAAGAGCCAGCAGAAGAAUGCAUACAACCAGGUCACAGGCGUGCAGUGCUACGAGACACGAAAUGGCGCGGGCACGGUGGCUUUGGGAUAUAUGUUCAGCCCGGACUUUGACCUGAGCAAGAGACAUGUUCCACAAUCGAUCAUCGCCAGCGCCGCGAGUUUACAACAUCUUCGAUCGGCGCUCGAUCAGUUGAGCCUGCUUUACGAUGUCGCCAACCCGACUGCGUUGCAGGUGGCUGCGGUUGACUACUCGGCGGAGGCGAAGACUGGCCUUGUUACCGACUAUGCUUCUGCAUUGAGCCUCACCGAGGAUCUGGGCCUUGGACUGGUGUCGAGCAGGAGCGUGUAUGAGAUUCAGCACAUGUCGUUGCUCUCCACUCUCAUGUCGUCCAUCCUUCCCACAGUCCACACCUACGAUGGAAUUACGGUAGGACGAGAGACAACUCGAGUGAUUGACGUGCUCAACGUGGCAAGCCUCAAACGGACGUACGAUGAAGUGCUGGGUUCCAUCAAGGAGGACGUGCAGUCGAAACGCUUCACAAGCGAAGGCAAGCUCUCGAAGCUCCUGUCUGCAUUCAACGCCGAGCUUGGUACUGAAUACAAAGCGUUCGAGUAUCAUGGCCAUACAAGCCCAAACAGCGUCUUUGUUGUCUUUGGUACCGUCGAGGCCAGUCUCUCUGCUCAAAUCGCAGAGGCUUUGGCAGAGCGAGAUGUCAAGGUUGGCGUGGUCAACGUGCGUGUGUACAGGCCUUUCAUCGAGGAAGACUUCCUUUCCGCAUUGCCACCUACCACACAGCAAAUCACGGUUCUUGGACAAGUUCAGGAUCAGGCCAGUGCACUUGAUCCCAGUGUCACCAGCAGCCUGUACGCUGAUGUGCUGGCUGCUGUAAACUUUGGCUCUUUGUCUUCGGGCAAGGCUCCAAGCGUAUACGACAUCAAGUAUGCCCGCGAGACUGUGUGGACUGUCGAAAAGAUCGAGACUCUUCUCAGACAGGUUGGUAGCAAGCCUGGCGAAGGCACUCCGUCGCAGCCUACCAUCUCUUUGUGGGCCAAGGACACGAAACAAUACACCUUCUGGGAUGCGGAUUCGAGCAAGAGCGCGAGUGCUCCCUCCAUGCUUGGCCAGCUUUUGUCCGAUGACAGCGCUCUCAAUGUGGCGGUUCGAACUGGACAUGACAACCUUGUGCAGGGUGGCGUUCUCAGGACCGAUCUGCGCACCUCUUCGAAGAGCAUUGAAGCCGCCUACAGUAUCAAAGACGCCGAUGUUGCCGUUAUCGGAGAUGAGAAGCUUCUCAAGGAAUUCUCGAUCCUCAGCAAUAUCAAGGACGAGGGCACCGUGCUGGUCAAAUCUAGCGGUUGGAAAGACGAGGACGUGGAGAAGAAGUUAUCAAGCCCAGUCCGCAAGAUCAUUGCCGCCAAGCGUCUUUCUCUUUGGAUACUCGAUCCUUCGAAGAGUGCCAAGGUCGAGGAAGACAGCGAGCUUGAAUCGUUCUUGUUGCAGCUGGCUUUCUUGAAGGUGGCCCGAUCGGACGUAUACCAGGCUGGACUGAGGAAGCUUAAGACCUCGAACACUGCGCUGGAUACUCUUACGCAGGAUCUUGAUGCGGCGUUCAAGCAAUUCGAAGUGCCAGAGAGCUGGCUGACCAUCGAGCCGGAGCAGAACGAGACUCUCCCUCCUACUGAAGACCUCAAUGUCAACAGCUUUGCAGGAUUUGACAGUGCCGAGGAUGAUCCACCGAAUGAGCUGCAUGACUGGCAGGUCGCUGCCAAAGGUCUGGCUUUCAAAGAGGCGUAUGGCACCUCUAGUGCACUGCGACCCGAUCUCAGCGUCGCCACCAAGAUCGUCCAUAUCAAGGAGCACCGAAGACUCACUCCAGAGACCUACGACCGCAACAUCUUCCACAUUGAGUUCGAUCUUGGAGAUAGUGGCCUCAAGUACGAUAUCGGUGAAGCACUGGGUAUUCACGCGGAGAACGACAAAGAAGAGAUCGAACAGUUCAUCAAAUGGUAUGAUCUUAAUCCUGAAGAAGUUGUCGAGGUUCCAUCCCGAGAAGACCCUGCCGUAUUCGAGAACAGGACUGUGUACCAAGCCCUCCUGCAGAACAUCGACAUCUUUGGCAGGCCGCCCAAGCGCUUCUACGAAGCUCUCAGCGAAUUUGCUUCAGACGACAAUCAAAAGACAGAACUCCUUAUGCUUGGUACUGGCGGAAACCAGGAAGCAGUUCUCGAGUUCAAGCGCCGCGCUGAGGUUGACACUGUCACCUACGCUGAUAUUUUGCUGGAGUUCCCGUCUGCGCACCCAAGCUUCCACGAUAUUGUGCGCAUUGUCACGCCGAUGAAGCGCAGAGAAUACUCGAUCGCUUCGUCGCAGAAGGUCACACCCAACAGCGUCAGCUUGUUGAUCGUUACUGUCAACUGGGUGGAUCCAAAGGGUCGCGAUCGCUUCGGACAAGCUACUCGCUAUCUCAACGCUCUGCCUGCUGGAGCAGCUGUCACGGUCUCUGUCAAGCCUUCCGUCAUGAAGCUGCCACCCAAGAGCACUGCGCCAAUCAUCAUGGCUGGUCUUGGAACAGGUCUUGCACCAUUCCGUGCUUUUGUGCAAGAACGUGCCUGGCAGCGCGAGCAAGGCAUGGAGAUUGGCGAUGUCUUCCUCUACAUGGGAUCUCGUCACCAACGUGAGGAGUACUUGUAUGGUGAAGAAUGGGAAGCAUAUCUCGACGCUGGCAUCAUCACGCUGCUUGGAUGUGCCUUCUCCCGUGAUCAGCCGCAGAAGAUCUACAUUCAGGAUCGUAUGCGCCAGACAUUGAACGACAUUCGACGUGCCUACCUUCGCGAAGAGGGUGCGUUCUACCUGUGCGGGCCAACUUGGCCUGUCCCAGAUGUCACCUCGGUCCUCGAAGAGGCCGUGGAGGUCGAGGCCAAGGCUGAAGGCAAGAAGAAGGAUGGCCACAAGGAGAUCGAGAGGCUCAAGGAGGAGCUGAGAUAUGUGCUGGAGGUUUACUAA